UGGUGGGAAGCCGGAAAACCUUCCGUCAAGAAUUUUGGACGUAUUUAUCUAUUUACGUUAAUGCCAUUUGUCAAUCCAACGUAAGACAAGUGGGUAUGAUCGAUGUUUGCCGGAACAUUAAUUUGGCAAUUACACAUUUCAUACUCGAUAUUUACGGGUUGGACUUCCAAAUGGAACCGCCGGCAACGUGGAAUUUCGAUUAGGCAGUAGUUUUAUUCGCUUCUCCCUUGUUUUUAGGCUUUUCCCACGUAAUUUUGAUACUUUUUUCUUCACAUAUAAAAUUAUGAUUGCAACCAAGUUGAUAAAGACGAAAAUCAUAUUUGCAUUUACUUGCCUUCUCCUAUGGAUUCCACUUUAUAUAAUUGUUAGACAUUUAAUGACUUCUUCCAUCACUGAACAGAAAGGUGUUAAACUGGGACCUCUUCCUCAGUCGCAGCCAUUUGGCGAUAUUCCACAAGUAAAGGUGUCAGUUUAUUAUGAAAGCCUGUGUCCUGAUUCACAAUAUUUUGUCGUGGACCAAUUAGCACCUACUUUCAAAAGGCUGCCAUCUUUGGUCAAAACUGACCUUGUCCCUUAUGGAAAAGCGACUACGACAGAAGUUAAUAACGAUUAUAAAUUCACUUGUCAGCAUGGAGAGAUUGAAUGCCAGGGAAAUAUUUAUCACUCAUGCGUAAUUAAGCAUGUGAAGGACCAAGGGACUGCCCUUGAAGUUGUCCAGUGCAUGAUUUCUAAUAAUAUCGAUCCCGCUGGAAUAGCGUUGCAGUGUUGCGAAACGUACGGAGUUAAUUUUACAACCAUUUCAAGAUGUGCAGAAGGCAAAGAAGGAAGGAGAUUAUUGAAGUAUUUUGGCGAUAGAACCAAAAAUGACCUAUCGCCGCCUUUAGCUUUUGUUCCUACAGUAUUAAUAAAUGGAGAAAGAAGAAAUCAACCUUUGGUUUUAAAAAAUUUAUUUAAGGAAAUCUGUGCCUACUACAGAACGAUAUCCAAAGUUCCAAGAGAAUGUGAUACAUAGUCAAAUAUUCAGUGGAAAAGAAGAAAUUUUAAGAGGCAUGAUUUACGUGUGAUUUUUAAAUACUAUGAUAAUAAAAAUAUCAUUGAAACGGAUGAUGUUACAAACUUGCAUUAGUUCAACUUUUAUUGUUUUAUAUUGAAAUUGUUUAUAAUACUGUUAAAUAAACAUGUUCUAAAUGGUCUUUGUACUACUGGAAUUUUAACUAUU